UGUUUUACUAUCUACUUCAUUUAAACUUCAAGGUAGCAUAGACAAUAUAACCUAGCCUUUUUCUUUCUCAAAAGCCAAGCGCUGUCAAGCUAAGGCAACAAAAUGACGAACUCCAAGGGUUAUCGUCGUAGUACUAGGGAUCUUUUUUCCCGCAAGUUCCGCACACAUGGAGCUAUCCCGCUUUCCACGUACAUGAAAGUGUACAAAGUCGGCGACAUCGUUGACGUUAGGGGAAAUGGUGCAGUUCAGAAAGGUAUGCCACACAAAGUUUACCAUGGUAAAACUGGUAGAGUGUACAAUGUUACAGCCCAUGCGCUAGGUGUGAUUGUAAACAAGAGGGUGCGUGGUAGAAUCAUCCCCAAGAGGAUCAAUAUCAGAAUUGAACAUGUCAAGCACUCUAAGUGCCGUGAAGACUUCCUUAAACGUGUUAAGGAAAAUGAGAGGCUGUUAAUGGAAGCUAAAGCCGCUGGCAAGAAAGUCAACCUUAAGAGACAACCCAAGCAACCCAGGUCUUCACACAUUGUUAAUGGCAGUGAAAAACCAGUGUUACUUGCUCCUAUUCCCUACGAGUUUGUAGCCUAAAUACAUAUUUUUUUUAAGGAAA